AUGUCAGAAGUCACCACUAGUCUAAGAAACAGAUUCGGUGAUAAGCAAGACCGGGUUUCCUCUACGGAGGAGGCACUUAUCGAGAAACUCGAUGCUUUUCUAACGUCUAUUGAGCACAGACUUGAGAAAUUCGAGCAGUAUUUCCAGGUGAUGGGUGAUGGAGCCGAUGAGGUUGUUGACUAUGGCAAGGAUGCAUCUUCUCGUCGCAACAGCACGGCGUCACUCUCAUCUAUCAGAUCAUAUUCAGCGUACAACUUGAAUAAGGUGCAAGAGCAACUUUUGAAAGUCAAAGACCAGGUGCUCCGGACGUCUUUCACCAACUUAGACUAUCUCUACAAGACGCUAGAUGACACGUACAACUAUUUGUUCAGUGUGGACGAAAACACAACGCCGGUUCCUGAUUGUGGAACAUCUCGUGAGAUCUUAUCCACUAACAUUAUCAAUACCAUCCAGUUUUUGGAGAAUAAGUUGAAUCACAUAGACCAGCUUGUGAAGAGCAAAACUCCUCAGGCCACAGCAAACUACGACAAGGAUGACAAGUUUAAAAGAUUUCGCUUUUUCAAUUUCAAUAAGGCCCUUAAGGAUGCCGAGCACGGCCUUUUGCAUUACUACCAGCUUCCUCUCAGUUGGAGAGAAAAUAGGUACAUUGUUUUUGGAUACAGAUUUACUUUAGAUCACUCGUCGAUGUGCUCAUCGAUGUUUCAUUUUAACCACAACGAGGCAGGCAACAUUUGGACGCACAUGUUUGGUGCGUUGACCAUUUUGUAUUUGGGGCUUAUUCACUUCCCCACAACCGCUGUCUUCGCUGCAAACACUUGGAUUGAUAACAUUAUCAUGUAUAUGUUCUUGGCUGCGGCCCUCGAGUGUUUUGCUUGCUCAGUGUUGUGGCACACAUACUCGGGUUUUGCUAACUUGGGGAUUCGCUCUCGUUUUGCCUGCAUUGACUAUACUGGAAUCACAGUUUUGAUCACAUCCUCGGUGAUCUCGGUAGAAUAUUGUGCAUUGGCUCCAUACCCCAAAUUGUUGGCCUUUUUCGUGGGGUUCUCGCUCCUAUCUGGAGUCGGGCUGCUACUCUUUAACUGGUCGCCAUACUUUGAUAAACCCGACUGUCGUCCGCUCCGCAUAGGAUUUUUUGUGUCGUUAGCGUUGUUGGGAUUCUUAACUUGCUUGUUCAAGGGCUACUACGAAGGUUUUGGCGUUGCUCUCUGGUUCUAUGGUCCUAUCGGCUACUACUCGCUCAUUUGGUACUGGAUUGGGGUUAUUUUCUACGGCGGACUCAUCCCCGAGCGCUGGAGAUACGAUGUGAUAAUAAACGAGGAUGACACCUGCCGUCAUACACAUACAUCCACCGAUGUGUUAACGGGACAUAUUGAAAAUGCUGGCCAAGAGGAGUUCGAGGAGUUGGAGCAUGAAUUAGACGAGAAGGAUAAGUGCGAUGGCGUUCUUGACAACGCCGAUACAAACCACCAAACAGACAGUACGUCAGAAAUAAUCGAGCACGAUGAGCAUCGCUAUGACGAUAUCUUAGCCAAGCACUUCCCUAAGGAACCUGUCAAGACUCCAUAUCAUCGCGAUUUUAUGUCACUUUGGUGGGUGGACUACAUUGCAAACAGCCACAAUAUCUGGCAUGUCUUUGUUGUCCUUGGUGCCCUUGGACACUACGUUACACUCGUUGGUAUGUUCGAGAGCAUCGCUCGAAAUUAA